CUCCCUCUGACGCGGAAACCCGGAGCGCGAGAAGACCGAAUACACACGUGCGAGCCGUCUCCGCAGGAUUUUAGAUCGGGAUCCAGAGCUCCCUCGGACAGUUUGCAGGAUGUCUCGUAAAGAUGAGCCUAAUGACAAAUACUGUAUGGUCGCAGUGAUAUUCUUCAUCUUGGGCCUGGGAACGCUGUUGCCCUGGAAUUUCUUCAUCACUGCUAUUCCUUAUUUCCAGUACCGCCUGCAGCCAGAGAAUACGUUUGUGAACACCUCUGAUUUGUCUGAGAAUGGUACUUCGUCCGAGGGAGCGCGUUCUUCAGGGGACGAAUUUAACUUCAGUAAUUGGAUGACACUUCUGGCCCAGCUUCCUUUGCUGCUCUGUACGCUCCUUAACUCUUUCCUUUAUCCAUGUAUACCAGAACGGGUCCGAAUUGCAGGCAGCAUGCUGGCCAUCCUUUUUCUCUUCAUUGUUACCGCUGUCCUUGUUACGGUUCAGAUGAGCCCUCAGAGCUUCUUUGACGUCACGAUGGCCACCAUUUGGUUUAUCAAUGCAUUCUGUGCGAUCUUGCAGGGCAGCCUGUUUGGUCUGCUGGCCCUUUUCCCCCAGAAGUACAGCAGUAUGUUACUAAGUGGUCAGGGAAUGGCUGGUACAUUGGCUCCUUUGGCUAUGCUGCUGUCCAUGUCAAGUGGGACAGAUGUGCGGACCACGGCCCUUGGGUACUUUAUCGCUCCAUGUUUUGGAACUUUCAUUUCUAUCGCGUGUUACCUCCUGCUCUCUCGUUUGGAAUUUGCUCAGUAUCACAUCUCUAAAUCCAACGCAAAGAGUUCCCAGAAUUACGAGGUGGAUACAGACGCUGAACUGUUACAGAAAGGUACAGAGAAAGAGGUAAAUGGAGAUGCUGAAGGUCAGAAGAAAGCAGUACUGUUGCUGAAGGAGGCUGAAUCUGGUGUGGCCGGGGAGGAAAAACCGAAAGUUUCCAUCUGUGUUGUUUUGAAGAAGAUCUGGGUAAUGGCUUUGACGCUGGUGAUUGGGUUUACUGUAACGCUCUCGGUGUACCCUGCAAUUACAGCAAAUGUUGAGAGUAACACAGAAAACAAGACCUGGCGCAAGUUUUUUAACCCCGUCUGCUGCUUUCUUAUAUUUAACAUUAUGGAUUGGAUCGGUCGCAGCAUUACCUCUUAUACGCUGUGGCCUGGCCCUGACUGUAAAUACCUCCCUCUGCUGGCGUGCUGCCGUGUUAUAUUCAUUCCUCUCUUCAUGCUGUGUAACAUUACCAACCGUAACUACCUCACUACCAUCUUCUCACACGACGCCUGGUUUGUCAUCUUCAUGAUCUUGUUUUCGGUCAGCAAUGGAUACUGCAUUUCUCUGCCGAUGUGCCUGGCCCCCAAGAAAGUGGAGCAGCAUGAGGGUGAGAUAACGGGUGCCAUCAUGACCUUCUUCCUGGCUUUGGGUCUCUCUCUUGGAGCAGCGCUAUCUUUCGUCUUCAAAGCUCUGUUAUAAGCAGGAAGACUGGUGGAGCGAGUCCAAUGUCACCCACCAACAAUCACGCAGUCUUCCAGGAUCCCGAUCUGCUUCCCUUCCUUCAACA